AGCCUAUGGAAAGGGCAUACAAAACAGCGUAAUGAAGGGAUGAGAAGAUACGGUAACCACAGCUAUAUUAUAUGGUGUUGCUGUUUUAGCGGAUCUUUGUGAGAAUGUAGCAUCCCGUGGUAUUGAGCGACAGACUCUCAGCCAGCGGAAGCGUUAUAAGAAGGAUGACCUUGACCCUGCCUCAGUGGUUCUUAAGGUCAACAUCUCACGCUUCUCUCGUCUGUAACAAAACAAGAGUGGUAUAUUUGUGCCAAGACCUCGACAGAUCCACUCGCAUUAUAGUACGAGGAGUAGAGGGAAAGGGUACGAUUAAUUGAAUCAGCAGAUCGUAACAAAAACCAUUAAAUGGAAAACCAGCGAGACAAGGAGGGCAUCCCAGGGCAUUACGACCAUGUGUAUUCUCGAUACAACACUGAAUGUCGUUUAGGAUUACUGCGUUCCGUUAAUCUUGAGUGUCGGCUGUGGUCAGGCUAUUAUUAGCUCAACGUGUGAAUAAUCUUGGCUGCGUUACAGUCCCGCCAAGAUAGCUCAUAUGCGUAUCCGAAAAUAUGGAACGGAUGUUGAAAGGGAUUAACAGUAACUGAGUUACAGAAAGCGGUUACAGAUGUCACUGCUGCCUGCUCUCGGGUGUCAGCUAUGCGGAUAAGCUUUUCUUGCCGAUCAAGUGUAUAUAAUCCAAUGAUUUGCUGUUGGACGGUAGAACAUAAAUCCAACAUAUAUUUAGACUUCGUCAUAAGCAAGUGCGACCAAUUAUAAUCACCAUGCUGUGACCUACUUCUGUGUACAAGCACCAGGGCCUCGGUGAACUGGAAAUUAUUCGAUCGUAACAUUCUGCUGGCGUAACGCUGUUCCGUCGAUCAGCUCAUGGGACCCGUGACAUAGAUUUGCGCGAGGACAGCUGAUCACUGGAGACGGUCACUGCACAGUCGCUGCUGUGUCUAGAGAAAAGAAUCCCAAUAAUCUAGCGGAGCUUGAAGUCUGAAGUUCAGAACCACGAUGGACAGUGGUCAGCCCAGCCUGGACACGGUCCUAAUUACCCUCGGGAGUAAAGGACGCUACCACACAGUACAGUUCUGUCUUCUCUGCUCCCUCAUCGUUAGCUCCAACUUCAGCAUAAUGAACUUCAUAUUUGUCGCCAGAGACGUUCCCCAUGAGUGUUCUCCACCAUCGCUGUCCACUGCUAUAUACAGUGCUGAAAGGUACAGCAACGUAACCGCUGCAUAUAUCAACGCUGUCAGCAAUGAUACAACCAUCUACGAAGAAUGUAGAAUUAUCUCCCCCUGGCAACUCUUCCGCCAUGAGCCCAUGUACAAAUGGCUGGGUCUACAGCGAGCAUAAAGACGCGUCCAUUGUGUCCGAGUGGGACCUAGUCUGCGGCAAGGAAGUGUUCUCUCGCCUUAGUCAAUCUAUUUUAAUUGCGGGUCAAAUUUUCGGAGGGGUUAUCGUUACCAAGCUGGCUGACCAGUUUGGGAGGCGGAUCCCACUGAUAGUCAGUCUCAUCAUCUUGUCUGUAGUAAACCUAGCCCUGGCAUUAUCCACAGAUAUAUAUGUCUUCAUUGUGCUGAGGCUUUUCACUGGAUUUGCACAGAUGGCGGUGUUGAUGAUCAGAACAACUAUGGUUAUGGAAUUAUAUCCUACGGACAGUCGCCGACUAACGGGAUCCAUAUACGUCACCGUGUGGAUGAUGUCGACGGUGAUCCUGGCACCGAUCGCAUACUUUCUACGCCAGCAGUCAUGGCGGAUCCUGCAGUAUACGUUGUUUGGAAUAACGGCCAUGUCCCUCUGCUUCGUGUGGGUAAUCGACGAAUCAUUACGGUGGCUCCAUGUGAAUGGAAAAAGGGCUGACCUUGUGAAAAUACUUAAACGUGCUGCUAGGAAAAACCGGAUUGACCUCACAGCGGUUCUUGAAAGAUUGCACAUGCCAAAUAUGGAAGUGGACGUAAAUGGAGACGUAUCACAGACGUCCUCGGAAAAGCUUCCUGCACAACAGUGUCAGAAAAAUAAUCCCGGAAGUCUUAACAAUACAAAUAACGCUAUGUUCACAUUCAAGGAUGUUAUAUACAACAAACACUUAAUGAUCAACUUUGCCUUGCUGUCUUGGUUGUGGAUGACGGCGACGUCAACGUACUUCAGCCUCUACUUGACGUCAAACACCCUCGCCAGUGACGUAUACCUCAACUUUGUCCUCAACUCGGUGUCCGACUUUCCAUCCGGGUUCCUCUUCUGGCUUCUCUCUGACAGACUCGGCCGGAAGAAAACAUUCACAAUAUUUUACCUGAUGUCCGGAGUUGGUCUUCUGGUUUCCACACUAAUAAAACUAGUUACAGCCAACGCAUCCUGGCACAUCUUGGCCACAGUGUUCGCCUUUGUGGGAAGAGUAUUUAUUGGUGCAACCUUUGUGUCCUUGCUUCUGUUUACCACUGAAGUCUAUCCCACAAACGUGAGGAACAUUGGGCUUGGAAUAAAUUCGACCACGGGGAGGAUAGGAUCUCUACUCGCCCCUUUUACGGCUAUUCUGAUGAAACACAUGACCUGGCUACCCGGGGUGUUAAUGUCCUCCUUCUGCUUCCUGUCCGCCCUCGCUGUAGUCCUCCUGCCAGAGACGAAGGGGACAGAGCUGCCAAACACGAUACAGCAGGUCGAGGACAUGUACAAGAGGAACAGAAACAAGUCCUCAUCCGGCACUGAGCCGAACACGUCUGGUGAAAACGCUUCUAAGCAAACCAAGGAAACGUCUAUAUAAGAUCCCUAUCUGACACCGGUGAAAACGCAUCUAUGUAACCCAAGGGACCUGUAUGGAAGAUCCUGACUUGGAUGCGUCUUUGCAAACCGUGGGGACAUUACUCCUCCGACACUAAGCGGAUACGCGAAACCAUGGGGACAUUACUCCUCCGACACUAAGCGGAUACGCGAAACCAUGGGGACAUUACUCCUCCGACACUAAGCGGAUACGCGAAACCAUGGGGACAUUACUCCUCCGUCACUAAGCAGGAUACGCGAAUCCAUUGGGACAACUGCAGAUGCAGGGGCAAUUAGUAAUGCUCACUUUAGCCUACAAGAGAAGGGCUACAAGAGAGGGCCUACAAGAGAGAGGCUACAUUAUAUGUGUAUAUAAACAUGUGAAUAUGAACAAUAACUUAUAACAGUGAACACAAUAAAUAUGUCAUGAAUGAAACAGUCAUACAUCCGCAGA